AACCUGUACAUCAAAAUUGCAAAAUAAAUUUUUAUACAUUUUUACUGUUUUGGUUGGUAUUAUUUUAUAAUUUUAAUCGUCUAAGUGAAAAUAUCUUGUUUACAAACAAUAGAAAUAUGGAUAUGAAGAACAUUGAUGGCAGUAUAUUAGAAGGUGGUGGCCAAAUUUUGCGACUAUCCGUAGCCUUUUCAUGUCUUUUUCAGCAACCUAUUAAAAUUACCAAAAUACGAGCAGGACGAUCUAAUCCUGGAUUGAAAGCUCAACAUUUAUCUGGAAUUAAUUUGGUUAAAGAGAUGUGCCGUGCUAAUACAAAUGGAGAUCAAUUAAAUUCUUGUGAAUUAUCAUUCUAUCCUAAAACUUUAAGAAUGGGAAAUUUCAAUCUGAAUGUUAACUCUCAAACUGCUGCGAGUAUUCCUUUAAUGAUUCAGUCUGUGUUGCCUGUAGCAAUAUUUAGUAAUCAGAAUUCUUCUAUAACUAUGAAAGGAGGAACAGAUGUCAGCUUUUCUCCCUCAAUGGAUUACGUAACAAAUAUUUUAUUUCCUAUUUACAAAUUAUUUGGUAUAGAUUGUGAAGCACAUAUUAUUAAACGAGGAUUUUACCCUAAAGGUCGUGGUGAAGUACUGUUAACAGUUAACCCAAUUGUUGGUUAUUUAAAACCUAUUGAAAUUAAUAAAUUUGGAGAUCAACCAGCUAUCAAAGGAAUCAUCUUUAUAUCCGGACCUAAGCAUCAAAUCAAUAAAAUAAAUCAAAUAGUUAAAGAUAUAGCUAUAGCUGUAAAAAAUAAGUUAAAUUUAUCUGGUUAUCAUAAAGUUACAAUUCACACUGAAAUUGGAGAUUCAGAAGGUUCUGGUGGAAGUUUAGUGUUGGUAGCCGAUACAGGAAAGUGUUUGCUUGGUUCAUCUUCUCUUUAUGAUAUGAGAAAAUCAACUGUGGACAGUAUCACUGAUGAAGCUUGUCACAAACUUUUAUUAGAAUUGGAAGUUAAGUCUUGUGUUGAUGCUUAUACUAUGGACAAUCUUAUUAUUUUUAUGGCUCUAGCAAAUGGUAAAUCCCUAGUAAAAUGUCGAGAGAUCACUCUGCAUACUAAAACUGCCAUUCAUAUUGCUGAACAAUUUACUAAUGCUAAAUUUAGUAUUAAACAAACAGAAGAUGGUCUGAAUGAAAUUGUUUGUAAUGGCAUCAAGCUGAAAAUUAUUUAAAGUCAAAUGUUUGUUUUUAAUUUGCAUUAGAUUUAAAUAUAAUAUAAUAUGUUUAAAACUGCUAAUUUAAGAUACUAGUCAAUUUCUUUAUACUAUUUUAUUAAUUUACUAAAUGAAAAAACUAUUGUUUACUUUAUUAUUUUAUUAUGAUACAGACCUAUAGUUAGUAAAACAUCA